GAUGAUAAGGUUGACGCUGGAAACAAUGAGGAUGAAAGCCAUUUUCAAAGGAAGAAAAGAAAGAAGGUUUCCAAAGCCCAUUGUGAGUUUAAUGAAGUGACUACCAAGGAUGGAGUUGAAAAAUUUCAAUGCAAACACUGUGUUGAUAUCAUUGAUGGUCUGAUGAAAUGCACCAAGGAUUGGGGGAUAGAGCAGAAAAUAUUUACAAUUUCAGUGGAUAACGCCUCAAACAAUGAUGUGGCAGUUAGAAUUGCUAAAGAAACUUUUUCCCGGAAUCGUAAGUUGCCUUUGGGUGGUAAGUAAUUCCAUGUCAGGUGCACUGCUCAUAUACUGAACCUCAUUGUUCAGGAUGGUCUUUCUCAAAUUAAAGAUAUUAUCAAAGAUGUUAGAGACAGUGUGCGCUAUAUUAAUCAGUCAGAGGCUAGGUUAAUAAAAUUUUCUGAAAUUGUGCACCAUUUGGGAAUUAAUGCAAAGCGCUUGAUCAUAGAUUGUGUUACUCGUUGGAAUUCUACGUAUGAAAUGUUAGUUUUAGCCACUCAAGUUAAGGAAGCUUUUCCAAUAUUUGCACAAAGAGAGUCUUCCUAUACUUGCUGCCCUAGCGUAGAAGAUUGGAGUAAAGUAAAGGAGGUUGUUGAUAUUUUAGGGGUAUUUUAUGAAGCUACUCAUGUCAUAUCUGGAAGUUAUUAUCCUACUUCUAAUGUUUUCCUAGCUGUUGUUUGGAGAGUUAAACAUGUUUUGAAUGAGAAUGAAAAACAUUCUAAUGUUUUUAUUAGAGAAAUGAUUGAAAAGAUGAAGUUAAAGUUUGAUAAGUAUUGGGGUGAUUGCAAUUUGCUAAUGUCAAUUGGGGCUAUACUUGAUCCAAGGUUCAAAAUGAGGCUGGUUGACUUUGCUUUUAACAAAAUAUAUGCUGAAUCUGAUGCACAUGUGAAUGUUGUCCGUGUAAGAAAUGCAUUAUAUGAAUUAUAUUCUGAGUAUGUUCAAACUGAAAAUGCGAGGACUCGAAAAGUGGGUUCUGUAAUGGAUAAGGAUAUCUCUUCUACUUCUUCUACAUGUUCUGGUUCUAAUGGGAAAGCUGUCCUCUCUGGUUUAUUUAUGUUUGACCAAUACUUGAACACGGUUGAAAAUGAUAUUCCUGAAAAGUCCGAGUUGGAUAUUUACUUGGAGGAAGGGGUUUUAGAUGUCAAGAUGGUGAUGCUUCUGAGUUUGAUGCUUUGUCUUGGUGGAAAUCUCAUGAAUUAAAGUUUAAAAUUCUAUCCAAGUUAGCCCGAGAUGUUUUAGCUAUUCCAGUUAGCACGGUGGCCUCAGAGGCCACAUUUAGUGCAGGCACCCGAGUCCUAGACCCUUAUCGUGCUAGGUUGACACCUGAUAUGGUACAAGUUUUGAUCUGUGGGGCUGAUUGGGUUCGUCUGCUUCACGGGAUUAAGAAGCCAAUCAUGAUAUAUGAUGAAGAACCUAUUGUUGAAGUCAUAUUGAGAUUAUGAUGCUCGGAUGACAAUGGAUUUGGCCUUGUGGGCGCAUCAUUUUUGUGAUUCUAGCUACUGUUUAUAAAUUUUGGAUUAGGAUUAAAUUUGUGGGGCUAUGGUAGUUUUUGAGCCUGCGUUCUGCAAAAUUUAAGUGCAGUUUUUUUGUCAGUCUGAAUAGCAGGGCUACUUUUGGAUUGCAAACAUUAUCAAUUCUGCAGUUAUUUGAGGCUGCAAUCUUCAAACUGUAAAAAAAAGUGCAGUUUUUUUUGUUCAGUCUGAAUAGCAGAGAUUCUUUUGGAUUGCAAACUAUCAAUUCUGCAGUUAUUUGAGGUUGCAAUCUUCAAACUGUAAAAAAUUGUUCUCUUAGAUUUUGGUAAAAAACAGUUCUUAGUUUUGGUA